GAAAGCGCCCUCCCUCGCUGCUGCCGCCACCGCCUUGUUGGUUUUUUUAAAGCUGUGAGCUCAGCCGAUGAGUCAGAGCCAUGCAAUCCUGACACUGCAUCGUGGGACUGGAGGUGAGAGAGAAUCAAAAACAGGAGCUGUAGAUUUCAGCCAAGUACAGUGCAGGACUUCGCUUUGCUUGUGCACAGAAGGGGAGCUGAGUAGUGACCACUUCGUGGGAUAUUCUUGAUUGCAAGAGAACUUCCUGCUUCUUUCCUGGGAGCCUUGAGGAUCGGGUCUGGAAAACACUUUUUUUUUUUUUUGUCGUUUCUUGGGAAGUGAAACAAAAAGAGAGAGAAAGGACUCGCUCCGUUACAUAAUUUUGACAGUGUCUGCCUCAUAUUAGAACGAGGCAUUGUGAUCAAGUGGACUCCAGCAUCCUCUGAACUGCAGAGAAGAAGAGCAGAAAGAAGAAAGGGAAAGGCGCACAGAGGAAAAGGAGGUGGAGGCACUUCCAUCUGGACUUGUACGAAACUGGAACUGGAUGGGAAAGUGAACUGUUUGGUGUCUUUUCUUCCCCCAGUCUCUGAGAUGGGUGGGUUGUAAAUCUGUGUGUGUAACUGGGAAUAGACUGAACCAUGAAUCUUCAGGCUCAACAAAAGUCUUCAAACAAGAGGGCUGGAAAACGGAUUGCAUAUUUUAAUGAGCAGGAUGUAGCUGUGCCAUCGAAAGAACUGCAACAGCAGCUGAAGGAAGGACAGUACUAUGGACAUGGAGGGGAAAUACCUGCUUCACAAACUAUGGAGCUUUCUAAAGCAGGGGGUUUAACUGGUGCUCCCAACAAUGUUGCCUUGAUGAACUCUGUUGUUUAUACUCAAGAUAGGGGGGAUUCCAUGAUGAUGUCUCAGCAGCUGGCUGCUGUCAAAUGGCAGAACUCACUGAUGGGGAACAGGUUGCCUGAGAGGAUUGAUUCCAGUUGGCAGCCUUCACCUGCGGCAUGGAACCAUGGUGUGGUCUAUGGGGGCAGUCAGAAAGGGGUCCACCACAAUGCCAGUGCCCCAAGUUUCUAUGGCCAUCCUGAAGCUCUGAAAAGAAGCCAGGAAAAAGAAAUGGAGGUGCAGCAGCUAGAAAUAUAUGGAGAUGCUGCUGUUCAGCAGAUGAUGGCCCAGAAGCGUCAGCUGGAACAACAAGCACUAAUCAGGCAGCAAGCUCAAAUGAAUUCGUAUCACCAGAUGCAGAAGCAGCAACAGCAGAAUCAGACUCUACCUUUACAGCCUUUCCAGCUUGCGUUCGGUCACCAAGGCCAGAAGCAAGGCCUUCCUGAAUUGUUACAUGUCUUUCAACAAGCCCCAGCUUCCUCCAACCCAGUCUUUACGACCCAGCAGAAACAACAGUCUCUUCCUCAGCUGCAACUGUUUGAAAACUUCUACCCACAACAGCAGCAACAGGCCACCACGCAAGCCUUCAACCUCCAGCAAGCUGCUUCUAUAGCACAGCCCCAUGUGGCAGCAACAGCACCCCAGCAUCAUAUGGUGGCCCACCAGUACCAGCAACCGGAGAGGAACCAGGAACUCCUGAAAGCCCUAACAGAGCAAAACCAACAGACUGUGCUACCUCAGACCCAGAUACCCUUUCCUAGGAGAUCAAGGAGACUCUCCAAGGAAGGCAUUUUGCCAUCCGCUUCUUCAGGAGAAAUAUUGGCUUCUAAACCAGUAGAGGAACAAGCUAGCAAUCUGUUCCUGCAUCACUGGCAACCACAGCAGCAAGGACUCCAGUUUCAGCAUGAGACUGAAGCUCUGGGCCACAACAAGGGUAGCUAUCCACAGCCCACGAGAACACACCUAGGACAAAAGGAGACCCUGAGUAGUAACGAGUUGAACCAGCCUGACACAGAGAGGCCGGCCACAUCCUAUAAUAGCAGAGAUGGGGAGAAGCAAGUGGCAAUGACCGAAGAAAGCACUCAGAGAACUAAUGACUUUGUGGGGGUGAGAGGUGGUGUGAUCCAGAGCACCCGAAGAAAACGGUGUGUUUCUCAAGAGGCCAACCUGCUAACUCUGGCACAAAAGGCUGUUGAGCUGGCUUCUCUUCAAAAUGACAAGGAAUUGGAUACUUCAGAAGAGAAGAAGAAUGUGGUGGCUGCAGCACCUUCAGCAGCCAAAAGUGUUUUGGAAUUUGCCAGUUCUCCACAAGCCUCCAAGAGACCCCGGGAAGAUAGCAGUCUUGUUCCUCUAAUCAUGCCUGUGUCUGUGCCAGUGAAGAAAUUCGACUUGCAAGCUAUUGGGAAGGAAAAGGGUGAGGAAGGGAAACUCCAGAGGGUGCUGGCAAAUGAUCGAGGUCUUUCUGAACGCAAACCCUCUGUGAUAGUCACCCGAAGAAGGUCCAAUCGCAGCUCCAACAUGGAAACCUCAGUCCAGCAUGAAGAUGCUGUUCCAAAGGAAGAAUCAGAGGGCUUUUCCCGGAAACCAAAGCAGCGCCCAAGACCUGAGCCACUCUUCAUACCACCGAAAGCAGGCACCUUCAUUGUCCCUCCAGUCUAUUCCAACAUCACUCCAUAUCAGAGCCACUUACGCUCACCUGUGCGCCUUGCAGAUCACCCUUCAGAUAGGAACUUUGAGCCUCCUCCUUACACACCUCCACCGAUUCUCAGCCCAGUGAGAGAAGGAUCUGGGCUGUAUUUCAAUGCUAUUCUCUCUGCUAGUGGUCUCUCAAUUCCACCUCCAAUGACCCCUAAAAGUACUCACAGAACUCUGCUGAGAUCUAAUAGUUCAGAAGUCACGCCUCCCAUCCUUUCAGUAAUGGGGGAGGCCACCCCAGUCAGCAUUGAACCGCGAAUCAACGUGGGAUCCCGGUUUCAAGCAGAAAUCCCUGUGCUCCAAGACAGAUCUUUGGCAUCAGCUGACAAGCAUAAGGCGGACGUGGUGUGGCAGCCAUGGGGGGACCUGGAAAUCAACCAAACUACUCAAGAGAAUGUGGAAAAUCUGCUAACUGCUGCCUGUUCAAGUAUUUUUCCUGGGGCUGGUACCAAUCAGGAGCUGGCGCUGCACGUCUUGCAUGAAGCAAAGGGAAACAUUCUGGCUACUUUGACCAAAUUGCUGCUGAAGAGGCCAAUGAGAUCGCCACACCACCCACUGGCAGACUAUCACUACACAGGAUCAGACAGGUGGAAAGUUGAUGAGAAGAAACUUUUCAACAAAGGCAUUGCAAUCUACAAGAAAGACUUUUUCCUGGUCCAGAAACUUAUAAAAACCAAGACGGUGGCCCAGUGUGUAGAGUUUUACUACACAUACAAAAAACAAGUGAAAAUUGGUCGGAAUGGGACCUUAAUCUUCGGGGACAUUGAUGCCACUAAUGAGAAGUCUAUGAAAGAUGAAGCUGAGGUUGAUAUCAAGAGUUCGCAUAGGUUUGCACGUGUUCUUCCUCCCAGAAAGGAGAAUUACAAUGAGGAACAUACGCACGUGGAGGAAGUGUCUGAGAAGGAGGAAGAGUUGGAUGAUAGGAAGAGCACAGUGCCUCCCAAGGCCACGCAGACACUACAAGCCAAUGAAGUGGUCAAUGAGAUCCUUAUUUCAAGAACCGAGGAGUCUAAUGCCCCAGGGGAAGCCAGCAGUAGGACUGUAAGGAAGCCUAAGGAGGCAGCAGUGAAGCCUCAAAAGACUCCUCCCCCAGUACAGAGGAGGAGACGGAAACCAAAGCCAAAACCAGACACACCCAGUAAAGCUCAGAACCAAGAGAACACGUUUCCAUGUAAAAAAUGUGGCAGGGUCUUCUACAAGGUGAAAAGCCGCAGUGCUCACAUGAAGAGCCAUGCGGAACAGGAGAAGAAGGCAGCAGCAUUGAAACAGCGAGAGAAAGAGGAGGAAGCGGCGGCGGCGGCAGCAGCAGCGCAGCGGGAGGAGAGCAGUGACGAGGGGAGCAGCAGCAGUGACAGCAGUGGCAGUGGCAGCUCGGAUGAGGAUGGGGAGAUUUAGCCAUAGCCCUGGGGAAGUCGAGGGAGUAGCAAGGCUGGACCCCACCUCUCUCUCAGUGUGUUUGCCUCCAUUCCUGCACUUUCCUUAUCUGGACUGAGUUAUACUAGGCUUCUGUCCAUUGCUGCCAUUUCCUCAUCCCACAUUCUGCACCUCACCCUGUCAGUAUAGACUGAGCCAAAUCAGUGGAUAAAGAGAUUUGUGUGAACUUGGA